ACAGCUGUUGUCACUUUGUUUUGAUUACGAGAUUGACUCAAAAUUGAUUUUUUGUUUUGGUCCUAAAAUUACUGUGAUGGCGUUCAUGUUGCGUCAGCUAGCAAAACCUACGCUGCAAAGAAAUUUGCUCUCGGCGACCUCACUGCGCCAAGCCGCCAAAGAUGCCGCCGCAAAUGCUCCCGUUGCAGCUGCAGUCGCAUCCAAUUUGACAAAUACGCAGCAACAACAGUUGCGCGUGAGCGAGAGUUGCUUGAAACGUUUGCGCGAAAUAUGCACGGAUGGUUCCUUUCUGCGUAUAACUGUUGAGGGCGGCGGCUGCUCGGGAUUUCAAUACAAAUUCGAUUUGGACACAAAACUCCAUGAAGAUGACCUACACUUUGGCGAGGACAAGGCCAAAGUGGUGAUAGAUAGUGUCUCGCUGGACUACUGCAAUGGCGCCACAGUGGAUUAUCACAGCGAGCUAAUACGGGCGGGUUUUCGCAUGAUUGCCAAUCCGCUGGCUGAGCAGGGCUGCUCCUGUGGCUCAUCGUUCUCAAUAAAAUUGUAAUUAGUUAUGUUUAAAUAAUACGUUGCUUGUUAAACUUUA